CCCACAGUCUAUCUUGUCAUGGGAUCUUUGAUAUCUUUGAAAAUGGAAAAAUAUACAGUAUAAUGAAACAGAAUACAGCUCAGUAUGUCAUCAGCCUUUAACCAAUUCAUCCACACUAAUUUUCUAUAUAAACCCAUUCGUCUAAUAUCACAUUCAUCAAAAUCAGUUGAAUCGCAUUGAUUGUUUUGCAAACUCCCUUACUUAAGGAUAGCAAUCAUCAUAAAUGGCUCAUCACCAUACCAUUUCAGGUUUAGUUGGCAAGCUUGUGACUGAGUCGGAGGUUAACUGUAAUGCUGAAGAAUAUUACAAAAUUUGGAAGCACCAUGAAGAGGUUCCUAAUGUAACCCAACAUAUUUCUGAAGUCAAAGUUAUCGAAGGACAUGGAAUUACUUCGGGUUGUGUCAAGCAAUGGAACUAUACUGUUGGGGGUAAAGAGAUGCAUGUCCAUGAGAAAACAACAUAUAAUGAUGAAACAAGGACGAUACAUCAUAGUGCCAUUGGAGGAGAUGUGAUGAAAAAUAACAAGAAGUUUGACGCAACUCUUGUAGUUAAUCCAAAGGCUAAUGGACUUGGGAGUAUUGUGAGUUGGACUAUCGAAUAUGAGAAACUUAACGAGGAUUCUCCAGUUCCCAUUGAUUAUUUGGAAUUCUUCCAGUUUCAAAUCGAGGACUUGAACACUCACCUUUGCGCUUCCGAAUAAAUUAUAUCGCCGGUAUACAUCCACUGAUAUAUGUUCCAGUCGAUCGAUUUCGGUGAUUUCUCUGUGUAUGGAAGAACUUGUGUUUGCAUGUAAUAAUAAUGAGUACGUGGAUUUACCACAAUCAUACGUGGAUUCCUGUGAUUUCUAUGUACCGAACUUGUGUGUCUGAUUUCUAUUAUGAAUAAAAAAAAGUUGUUUCCAA